UUUCGAUUCGGUCGUCUUAAUAUCUAGUGGAUACUCGGCUUUAAUCAACUAAAUGUAAAAACUUAUUAAUCAGUGGUUUUAAUGUCAAUUUACAAUCCGAUUAUAUGAAAGAUUACUUUCCAGAUAUGCGUAUGUUUUAUUAAAAAAGAACACCAACAUGAGCUUCUUAACCUAUCCAGGAAGUGCUACCAAUGAAAUUAAGUGUUUCAUAGUCUUUGUGCUGGUGACUUUGUUUGUUCCCUCACAACAGGACUGUGUGUGGUUUGGUGUUUGCAAUAUAGACGCCCUAAGCCACCGUCAAUAUUGCUCCUAUAAUGGCACUGCGAAGGAAAUGGCUGCUGAUGCUUUUCCACUUCUGAAGGAAAGAUGUGGUCAUUUGCUCGAAAAUGGGCAAACAAGCUUUUGUUGUGACGAAGAACAGAUUAAAAUACUAAAUACAAAUAUUAAGUUAGCCGCUGCUAUUCUCGAUCGAUGUCCGGCAUGCAUGGCCAAUUUAGUUCGUCAUAUGUGCGAGUUCACAUGCUCUCCAAAGCAAACAGAGUUUGCCCAUGUUGCUCAAACAGAAAAGAAUGAUCGAGGACAAGAUUACAUAACUGCUUUGGACUUACAUAUUACUGCAGAAUAUUUGAACAAAACUUACAAAUCGUGCUCCCAGGUUUCUGUUCCACAAACGGGUCAACUAGCACUAGAUCUAAUGUGUGGAGCCUAUCCUGCAUCCCGUUGCAGUCCUACAAAGUGGUUCACUUUUAUGGGAGAUAAAAAUAACGUAUACGUACCAUUCCAAAUCACAUAUAUUCAGCAUGAGACAAAUUCAUCAACAAAUGAGUUCAUACCUUUGAACCCAAAAACAACUCCAUGCAACGCACCCGUAAGCGACGAAUUGCCAGCAUGCUCAUGUUCUGACUGCGAGGCAUCGUGUCCACAAGCUCCGCCUGAACCAAUAGUACCGGAUAAGUUUACUAUCGCAGGAUUUAAUGCAUUCGCUGUUAUUAUGACAGUCGUAUUUGCAGUUGGGGCGACUUUGUUCCUAAUGGGUGCUUUUAUUUUUACUGCAGAUUUAUUGAGCGAUGACGAUUGUGAUACUGGAGCGCCUGAAAAUGAGAGAGGCACAGUUUUUAGUCGCGACUCAAGAUACUUUGAAAUGCUCGGUGCACGCACCGAAUUUCAUUUACAACAUUUUUUCACCAGGUGGGGAACAUUUUUCGCGAACUAUCCAUGGCUAACUCUAGGCGGUGGCGCUUGCAUUGUCGCGAUUCUUGCAUAUGGUAUAGCUUUUAUACAAAUAACAACAGAUCCAGUUCAACUAUGGGCUUCGCCAAAAUCAAGAUCGCGAAUAGAAAGGGAGUUCUUUGAUACAAAGUUUGAGCCUUUUUAUAGAAUAGAGCAAAUCAUUAUUAAGGCUGUGGACUUGCCCUUCAUUGUUCACAAUACGUCAAACGGCCCUCUUACUUUUGGUCCAGUAUUUCACAAAGAGUUUCUUACCGAGAUCUUAUACCUUCAAGAGGAAAUAAAAAGUAUCAACGCAAGUGGAACUUCUCUCAAAGAUAUAUGCUACGCUCCACUGACAGAAAACAACGAAAAAACUAUAAAUUGUGUCAUCCAAUCAAUUUGGGGCUAUUUCCAAGAUGAUGUUAGUCGACUAGAUGAUGAAGACGUUGACAAUGGAUUUAAUGUUACUUAUCUGGAUGAUUUGUAUCAAUGCACUAGUAAUCCUUAUCAGUGCCUCGCUCCUUAUGGGGGCCCCGUCGACCCAGCAAUUGCGUUAGGAGGGUUUUUAAAAGCCGGCGAGCAGUUAUCUGGGGAAACAAGAUAUGAAUUGGCAGAUGCAUUAAUAUUGACCUUUUUAGUAAGAAAUCACCUUGAUAAGGAAAAGCUAGUUCCCGCCUUAAAUUGGGAGAAAAAAUUUGUUGAAUUUAUGUCUGGUUACGUCCAAAAUAAGUCAAGAAAGUUUAUGGACAUUGCUUUCACAACAGAGCGCUCAAUCGAAGAUGAAUUAAAUAGAGAAUCUCAGUCAGAUGUGUUAACUAUUUUAGUUUCGUAUAUUAUUAUGUUUUUGUAUAUAGCUAUAUCUUUAGGUCAUGUUCAGGAACUUAAUAGAGCCUUCAUAGAUAGUAAAAUUACUUUAGGUAUAGGAGGGGUUGUUAUAGUUAUGGCUUCUGUUAUUUCGUCAGUUGGUAUGUUUGGAUAUAUUGGUGUACCUGCUACUCUUAUAAUUGUUGAAGUUAUUCCAUUUUUAGUGUUGGCUGUGGGUGUCGAUAAUAUUUUUAUUCUGGUUCAAACUCAUCAGAGAGAUCAGCGCAGGGCAAAUGAAACACACGAAGAACAUAUAGGGCGUAUUUUAGGUCGUGUGGGGCCAAGUAUGUUGCUGACUUCAAUAAGUGAGAGCUGUUGUUUUUUCCUUGGUGGAUUGUCUGAUAUGCCCGCAGUUAGAGCAUUUGCUUUAUAUGCUGGAGUAGCUUUACUUAUUGAUUUCUUGCUUCAAAUCACUUGCUUUGUAGGUCUGUUGACCUUGGAUAUAAAAAGGAAAGAUGAUAAUCGUUUAGAUAUAUGUUGUUUUCUAAAAGGGAAAAAAUCUGAUAGUAUUACUAAUGAAGGACUGUUAUAUAAAUUUUUUAGAAGUAUUUUUGUUCCAUUUUUAAUGAACAUUAAAGUCCGUGCUACAGUAAUGGUUCUGUUCUUUGCAUGGCUUUGUUCAAGUAUUGCGGUAGCUCCAAAUAUUGACAUUGGUCUAGAUCAGGAGUUAGCUAUGCCUGAAGACAGUUUUGUUCUCAAAUAUUUCCAGUCUCUUAAAAAGCAUCUCAAUAUUGGUCCCCCGGUUUAUUUUGUUGUCAAGGGCGACUUAAAUUAUGCCAACACUUCUGUUCAGAAUUUAGUAUGUUCAGGUCGAUACUGCAAUGAUGAUAGUGUUUUAACGCAGAUAUAUUUGGCUAGUAGACGUACAAACGUAACAUAUGUUGCACGCCCCGCUUCUAGUUGGAUAGAUGAUUAUUUCGAUUGGACGACAGCAUCUGGAUGCUGCAGAUAUCACAAGGAUAAUGGCAGUUUCUGUCCACAUCAAAAUAUAUCAUGUGCUAAAUGCAAUAUACGAAAAAAUAGCUUACAACGUCCAGAUCAACAAGAUUUUGGAAAAUACUUACCGUAUUUCUUAAUGGAUAACCCAGAUGAUCAAUGUGCCAAAGCUGGACAUGCUGCUUAUAGUGGAGCUGUUCGAUACAGUAAUGAUAAAAACGGGCUUCAUGUUGACGCUUCUUACUUUAUGGCCUACCACUCAAUAUUGAAAACAUCUAGUGAUUUUUAUUCGGCGUUGCAAUCUGCCAGACAAACUUCUGCUAACAUUACACAAAUGUUGCAAGGCAGAUUGAUUUCUAAUGGCGCACCAAUAGAGUUGGCUCUUAACGUCGAAGUAUUUCCCUACUCUGUGUUUUAUGUCUUUUAUGAGCAGUAUUUAACCAUGUGGGCAGAUACGUUGCAAAGUAUGGGAAUCUCAGUACUUUCUAUAUUUAUUGUUACAUUUAUUUUAAUGGGCUUUGACAUUCAUUCGGCCCUUGUUGUGUCUAUCACAAUUACUAUGAUUGUAAUCAACCUUAGUGGCCUAAUGUAUUAUUGGGAUAUAUCUCUCAAUGCUGUGUCGUUAGUAAAUUUAGUUAUGGCGGUAGGAAUAUCUGUAGAAUUUUGUUCUCAUCUUGUACACAGCUUUUCACUUUCAAAAGAAACAACUAGGGUCGACCGAGCAGCUGAUAGUUUAGUUCAAAUGGGCAGUUCAAUUUUUUCCGGAAUAACUCUUACAAAGUUUGCCGGUAUAUUGGUACUAGCUUUUGCAAAGAGUCAAAUUUUUCAAGUAUUUUAUUUCCGGAUGUAUUUGGGAAUUGUUAUUAUUGGUGCACUGCAUGGACUAAUUUUCUUACCUGUUCUGCUGAGCUAUAUUGGUGCUCCAAAGAACAUUGCUAAGGUGGAAUACAACAACCCAGUUAGUGCCGAGCAAGAGACAUCUCUGUCUGCAGUUAGAUAAUUUUAGAUGAAGAAAAACCAAAAACUAAAUAAAAAUGCGUAGUAAAGAUAUAACAUUUUUACAGGUUGAGGUGUUAUAAAUAUUUUUCUACAUUUUAUGAAUAAAUAUAUCUUAUACAUACUCCACUGACAAAA